AUGACGACUGUCACCGUCACAGCGGUUGCAAUAACUUUCGACAAACACCAAGCUUUGCAGACCACAAAGACGCCGGCUGAGAAAAACGUUACAAAGAGGAGCAGCCUUUUGCGGCAGUCAGUCUGCCACGGUGGGAUACAGGAGGCAGGAAAGUUCUGCUGUGUCGACGGCAGAUUUAAUCUGGGUCCAGCCCAAUCUUCGGCUGAUAAUGAAGAACAGCUACAGUUUCCUCUGGAGCUUUCAUCCGAUCCUCUCGGUUCUCAGCCGUUCAUGCCAGCGAAAGAGGACCUGGAGAAUGCAAGUUCCCACACAGGUCUCCCAGCUGGCCAGAGAGCAACGUCAGUUGAUUACAGUUCCUUUGCAGACAGAUGCAACAGCUGGAUAGAGUUCAUUAAACUGAAAGCUCAGACCAUAAGGCGUGGAUCAAUUAAGACAACCGUUUCCCUGGACAAGCCAAGCCCGCUGACUGAGGGGCAGUCCCGUCACCGUUCUGGCACAUCAGGCAUCAAUUCCACGGUGCCCGUGGUCAAGAUGACACCUCUUUCCUUUAUCCCCGGAGCAAAAAUCACCAAGUAUCUUGGAAUCAUCAACAUGUUUUUCAUCCGAGAGACCACUUCUUUGAGGGAGGAGGGUGGAGUGAGUGGCUUCUUGCAUGCAUUCAUCGCCGAAGUGUUUGCAAUGGUGCGGGCUCACGUGGCAGCUCUGGGGGGAAAUGCCGUGGUCUCGUACAUCAUGAAGCAGUGCGUCUUCAUGGAGAACCCCAACAAAAAUCAGGCGCAGUGCCUCAUCAACGUCAGCGGAGACGCAGUCAUCUUUGUGCGUGAAUCCGAAUUAGAUGGGCCAGUCCAGCUUCCCGCUGCCGGUGGGCAACCCAUGAGCGCCAGAGGAGAUGUCACGACAUGAAGAAGCAAAAGGGGCUCAAUCGUGCCUAGAGACCUGCUUGUAGGAUCGCGGCACUGACUCGUUCCUUCUCGGUCAGUCACCCUCCAAGCAUGAAGGACAGCUGCAUUUUGAGACAAUCUGUUAAUAUCGUCCCUCCGAGUACACAGAGGGAAAGCCAAAGAGCCCUUUGAGGAGUCCCCCGCGCAACUGAAAGGACAUCUUGUGUGGAGGGCGUGCUUGAAAUCAUUCUCAGAACCGAGGCCGUCGAGCUGGCGCCCUGUGGUCUGUUGUAAGGCCAGGCCAAAAACUUCAGUACUCUCCAAAUCCUCAGAUUGGGGGUAGGGCGGGAUUUAUAAUGCAACUGGAAUAUAACUAAGAACUCUCUCACUCUGCCUUCCGACAGAGGAUGAUCUGCUUUAACACGCACUGCCAAAUAACGCAACGCGCGCAGCGAACGAAACAGUCGGAACUCUGCAGAACGGAAAGGCAUUGUGAACCGGACAAUCUGAGCUGAGCUGCAUGUUAAAAGUAGGCUUUUCGUGUUUGUGGAUUAUUGACUAUUUUUAUAUUACACAUUUUUUAAUUAGAAUUCGUUGAAUAUAAUGGUAAAAUAACUGUCUGGUUCAGAUGCUGUUCACGUUAAUUUUUUUUUUUUUGGCGCAAUGGUGUUGGUGGGGGGGAAUCUGUCCAAAUUCAGUGGUUUUACGAGGUUGCGGGAUGAAAAAUAAACUCGGAACGUCAUGUUUGGCAGGGGUACGAUCCUAGGAAACUGGAGAAGUGAUGGCAUUUUGAAAAGGCCCGUCCCUCUCAAAUGACUGCAGAUCCGGUAAUUGGAAGGAUAGGGGUUGCCACGAAAAAUGGAAAUCACUUUUGACAUUGCUGGAAGGAUUUGAUGGGAAAACCGGAAUAAAAGUCUGUGGAUAUGAGAGAAGAUGAUGUGAGGAUGGGAGUGGAAACAUAGUGACAGAAAAGUCUCGAGUGUUUCCGUUUCAGCCAGUUACCUGGUGAAAUGGACAAGCCCUUUCCCAUUUAAAUCCUGCUUCCCAGUUUUGCCUGGUGAUCGGACGCAGCAAACCCUUUCAGAAUUCCCCCACCUGCGCUUGCGCGCCUCCCCCGUCUGCGCACAGGGUCAUGUAAGAAUGCGGCUGAAAUAUCUCGACAGCAUCAGAUACCGAACUUGAAGAAAACAUGUAAACUUGAAUGUAAAUAGAUUACAUUGUGCUGGAUCUAGGUACAGAAACGAUAUAUAUAUUAUUUGUCCAGUUCAGAGAUUCCAUUGUAAAUGAGCAUGGUGAAAAAUCACAUUCCUAUUUGCAUAAUAAAAAGUCUUUAUUUACAAAAAAA